AAAAAAAAAAAAGAGAUAGCAAUUUGAAUUUAAUACUUGGAUUCCAAAUCCAAGCUCAUGGGUCUAUUCUACUGUUCACAGUCACACACACACUCUCUCUAUCUAAGCUUCUUUUGACUUAAGACCAAAAUGAAUAACCCCAAACCCCAAACACUCAAACAUAAACCCAAAAAAUCUCUCUCACAGAGAAAAAUAAAACACACCAUUUUAACCACAACACUUGUCUCUCUGCUAACGUACGCAUCCUUGCCGGUUCUUGACUAAUGGGCGCCUUCCGUCGCCGCCGCCGUCACUUUCUUUUAGCUUCACUCGCCGCAUUUGCUCUCCUCCACCUCUUCUCCGCCUCCUUCGUAGUCUCCGCCGAUGGUAGAUGGAUUGGUCAGAGAACCGGGUCGGAUUUACCGGGUGGGUUCGUGGAGAAUAAUAAGAGGUUUGGUGGUCCGGGUUCAUCACCACCGACGUGUAGAUCGAAGUGUGGGAAAUGUCAGCCGUGUAAACCGGUUCACGUACCGAUUCAACCCGGUUUAAGUAUGCCAUUGGAGUAUUACCCUGAAGCUUGGCGGUGCAAGUGUGGCAGCAAGCUCUUCAUGCCCUAAACUUUGAUCAAUGAUUAAACAAUUCACGGAAAAAAAAAGUGUUUUAAUUCUUUUUGUUUUGUUUUUUGUUCCUCAUUUCUUGUGCUUGUCUGAUUAAUUAUUGUAAUGAAAUCUAUAUGUUAAUAUAAAAAAAUUGGUCAUGUGAAGAAAUUGAGGACUUUGG